AUGGGUCAGUCAAUUUCCACACUACGUCGACGCCACAGCACUCGCACUCUCAGGGACUUGGCCGCUCCUCGGGACCAAACCAUCUCACCCCCUACCCUCACCCGCAAAAAUCUCACAGAUGCGCUCCAAAAUGUCGCAGACUAUCUGGCAUCAAAGAAGCAAAACAUCACUCUCAUUAUCGUUGGGGGUGCCAUCAACACAUUGCUGCUGCAGAGUCGUACUCACACACAUGAUGUUUACUUUUUCAACGACAGUCUUACAGCUGCGGAAGUCAAGUGCCUUUCAAAAGUAGCGAAGUCAGCAUUGAAGAACAAUCAGGAGCUCGGAUCUGAAUGGCUCAACAAUCGUACAGUCCUGUUCAUUCCUGCUCAUAUACGACGAGUUCUUAUGGCGGAGGCUAUUGGCCAGCACACCAUUGUCUUUCAAGCCUUGGGUCUUACUGCGUUGGCCGCUCCCUGGGAAUACUUGUUCUGCGCAAAGACAGAUCGGCUGUCUGGCCAUGGAAAUAGUACCGUGCAGCCCUACGACUAA